CCGAGCCGAUCCAAACUGAAGUAGUUGCCGCGGUGCAGCAGACGCUUAAAAGCCCCUUCAAAGCCCCUCUUCGUUAUUACAUGACCGCCUUAUUCUAUGCUGUUAAAGUUUUACUUCGCUACGUGCACCACUCCUAAAGCGUACUUUAUGUCUACGUAAAGUUUUUGGCGUAUCACAUGUCCUAAGUGUGAACUGUUACUGCGUGUUUUUCUCGCGCAUGUGCUUGAAGCAACAUGUGGCCAGAUUUUCCACAACUUCACUGUGACAUCGACAUUUACCUCUCGCACUUCGGAGAGCCCACCGAGCGCUGGCAGGAAGCCAUUCGCAGAUGCAACUUCAUUCAUUCUGUGCAGUUGGUGCUUCCAGAACUGUCUCAAAUCCCUGAGGAUGUGCACUCUUUAAUGGCUGCUCAAGAUUACCAUAUUGUCCGUAACAUCCGUGCCAAGGAACUUGUGGCCUGGGACUUCGUGAAAACUUUUGUGAGGCAAGGGAAGUUGCACUUGUUGUCAAUCAACACAAGUGUUUCAUAUGGGAAUUGUGUGGCUGUCACAGCUGAUGGUGAACUUCACUUGUCACUGCAGGAAGAGGUCUUUCGAGUUUCAGGACUUGAAGGUUCUCGUUCCUCAGGCAGUUCUAAAGGGCAUUGUGUUUUUGGUUCAGUGAUAGAUCUGCAAAAGCAGUGCUUUCACCCAGAAAAGAACAAUUACAAGCGAACGCUGCUUUCGCUGGACCGGUGUGGCGAUCUUGUAGCCCAAGAUGUGGCAAUCAUCUGGGAGCCCUUGCCAGAGCAUGCAAGCUUGUCACCUUCCUCUGCUGCAAGGUAUUUCAGCCAGUGUGGCCACGCUGUCAUCGCUUGCAAACCGAGCUACUGUUCAGCAACACAGUUCUGUCAGGUUGUGCCUACUGCUGUGACAACAUUGGAACAUAUGGGAGAAGAUGCAUAUAUCCCAAUCUAUGAGUGGCUUGGAGCGAUUGCCUGUGGAGUUGAUUCAAGGGAUCAUAAGGAUGCAAGGGAGCAGUUUGUUAGCAACUACCACUUCCCUGGGCCAAGCACAGAGGUGUCCCGGCUCUUUAUGGCCAACUGGAAAGGCUUCUUUACUCCAACAUGUGCCAUAAGGCUCCUUUUAUUACUCAGACAGUGCAUGGUUCAGGAAGAACUACCAUUUUUUGGCCUUGUACUGCAUAGGUUUGAUGAUGAUCCAACUCGACCAUUAAGUAAACACCAGAGUUUACUGCUAAGUCGUACUUCAGAACUCAGUAUCAUCUGUACGCCAAAUGGACGCUAUUGUCUUCUCCACUCUCCCAAGUGACCAUUCAAAAAAAGAAAUUU